CUUCCUGGUGGGCUUCUUUCUUUCUUUCUGAGGGAGGGAAGGUGUGUGUCCGCCAUGAUCCGCCGGGCCUCGGUCAGCGACUGCUUGCGGGACUGGGAGGAGCUGCAGGACGGAUUCCAGAGGGUCCAGGAGACUCACCGGCUCUACAAGCAAAAGUUGGAGGAGCUGACCAAGCUCCAAGAUGGGAUCUCCAGCUCCAUCUCGAGACAGAAAAAGCAGCUGAAGGAGCUCUCGCUUGCCCUCAAAAAGUGCAAGACCUCUCUCACCGACCAGGAGGCCAAAGAGAAAGACCCUGCCAUCCAGGAGCUGCAAGGGAUGGUCAAAGACCGGCAGAGCGUCUUCUUUGAAAUGGAGGCCUACUUGCCCAAGAAGAACGGGUUGUACCUGAGUCUCGUCCUGGGGAAUGUGAAUGUCACGCUGCUCAGCAAGCAAGCCAAGUUUGCCUACAAGGACGAGUACGAGAAGUUCAAGCUCUACCUCACCAUCAUCCUUCUCAUCAUCUCCUUCACCUGCCGGUUCCUUCUGAACUCCAGGGUGACCGAUGCCGUCUUCAACUUCCUCCUGGUCUGGUACUAUUGCACUCUGACCAUCCGGGAAAGCAUCUUGAUCAACAACGGCUCCAAGAUUAAAGGUUGGUGGGUUUUCCAUCACUACAUCUCCACCUUCCUCUCCGGAGUCAUGCUGACCUGGCCAGACGGACCCAUGUACCACAAGUUCCGGAACCAGUUCCUCACCUUCUCCAUGUACCAGAGUUUUGUCCAGUUUCUCCAGUAUUACUACCAAAGUGGCUGCCUGUACCGGCUGAGAGCGCUGGGCGAGCGGCACAACAUGGACCUCACGGUGGAGGGUUUCCAGUCCUGGAUGUGGCGCGGCCUCACCUUCCUCCUCCCCUUCCUCUUCUUCGGCCAGUUCUGGCAACUGUACAAUGCCAUCACUCUCUUCCAACUGGCCAGGCAUCCAGAAUGCAAAGAAUGGCAGGUCCUGAUGUGUGGCCUCCCCUUCUUCAUCCUCUUCGCCGGCAACUUCUUCACCACUUUGCGGGUUGUCCACCAGAAGUUCCAAGACAAGGCCCAGAAGGCGGAGUGAGGACGAUGGGAAGCCGAGUGCCUGUCCUGUUCCGUCCCCGGAGGUCUUGAAAAGCCAGGCUUUGAGGAUUGUGGACCCGAGGGUCUUCUCCGGACACUACCAUUCCGCUCCCAAACCCAAUUCCAGGACUGGGACCAGUCUCAUUUGAGAGCGUUGGGACCAUUGGUCUGAACUGGGAUCCCAAGGGAAAGUUGUCAAAGUUGUGCGUCUGGGAACGGUCCCGUUUCCCUUCCGAUGUUGUUUGUGUCCGUCGUGUUGUCUUGAGCGCCAUCUUGAAAAGAUAUGGCCUGUGUCAACAAGCAACUCCUGCCAACGAAUGUACUUCUUGUCGUUCCGUAUAUGUAUGUGUAUAUAUAUUGACGUUUGGGAAAAUAAAGCAAAGGGAAAUGC